AUGGUGGUGCUUGCUGCUUCCAUUUGUACGCGGGGAGGUAAAGCGGUAUUGUCACGCCAAUUCCGUGAAGUAGCACGCUCAAGGAUUGAGGGGCUUCUGGCAUCCUUCCCAAAGCUCGCCGACUCUGGCACGCAGCAUACUACCGUGGAGCAAGACAACGUUCGCUAUGUCUAUCAGCCACUCGACGAACUUUACAUGGUUCUCAUCACCAAUCGGCAAUCCAACAUCUUGCAGGACAUCGACUCUUUGCACCUUUUCGCCCAGGUUGUGACGAGCAUCUGCAAAAGCUUGGACGAGAGGGAGAUCCUUCGAAAUGCCUACGAGUUGCUUAGCGCCUUCGAUGAGCUUGUCACUUUGGGCUACCGGGAGAACCUGUCCUUGAGCCAGAUCAAGACCUUUCUUGAAAUGGAAAGCCAUGAAGAGAGGAUACAAGAGAUAAUAUCGAGGAACAAGGAGCUCGAAGCUACGGAAGAGCGCAAGAGGAAAGCCAAACAGCUCGAGCUUCAACGAAAGGAGAUGUCACGCAGUGGACGCUCCGCUACUCCUCGAGCACCGUCUUAUCCAACCUACACUCCUCCUCCUCGACCCGCCGGUCUGAGCACUUACGACAGCUACGAGGCUGAAAGGAACAAAUCUUUCAAAGCGUCUGCUCCCAAAGGCAAGGGCAUGCAGUUGGGUAAGAAAUCAAAGACCAUAGACAUGUUUGAGCGAGUGAGAGGAGAUCUCGGUACACAGGCUGAAGAGUCGGCCCCCCUGGUGUCGAACUCACAGCCCAUCACAGCAGCAGAAAGGGCACCCUCGACACGUGUCUCUUCAUCAGUCGAUCGCGAUGCCAUCCAUGCAACUGUUGACGAGAAAAUAUCUGCCAAGUUAUCAAGAGAUGGAAUCCUCAAGUCUUUUAGCGUCAAAGGAGACCUGCAAUUACGCAUUUCUGAUCCGGCUCUAACAAAGGUCAAGCUCGAUCUGGUUGCCAAUGCUAGCCAAGGGGCGCAAUUCAAAACCCAUCCUAAUGUAGACAGGGGACAAUUCAAUACCUCGAAGGUGAUUCAACUUAAAGAUACCUCAAAGGGAUUUCCCGCGAACAACUCAGUUGGUGUCUUGCGAUGGAGCGCGACAGCUCCAGCUGAUACUAGCGGUGUCCUUCCGAUUACCUUUACCGUAUGGGUGAACAAGGGCUCAGACGAGUCCUUUACAAUCACCGUUGAAUACGAAAUGACUGGAUCCGACAGCCUGCAUGAUGUGGUCGUGACCAUUCCGUACAGCACCAGUGAGCCAGCUAUAUCGAGCUUCGAUGCUGUGUAUGAAGUCUCAGGGGAUAGUUUGGAAUGGACGAUCGGUACAGUGGACGAGUCCAAUGCAACGGGAGCCUUCGAAUUCGAGGCCCAAGCAGAAGAUGAGGCCGAGUUCUUCCCAAUGAGCGUGCGCUUUUCAAAGAGCAAACCAUUCGUGGACGUUGACGUCACGUCGGUAACAUUAUUAGAGAUGGAGCAAGACAUGUCCUUUACCAAAGACGUCAAAUCCGUUGCAGAUUCCUAUUUGAUAGAAUAA